UCUUCGCGGGUUUCAUUGAGAUAGGGUCCAGCUGGGGAGCGCAGAUUCGGCUCGCGUAGUGAAAGCGUCUGAACGUGAAGAAAGCUUGAUGUGGACGUGACGGUUUUGGAGAGGACACGAAAGUUGUUUGUUUCAGCGCGUGGCACACCAAAGAUCCACGGACAGCGACCAAAAAUGCUUUGCCACGUGACUCGUCCGGACUCGGUGGUGAUGGAAGUGCAAGUCGAUGCGAAGGCAAACGGGGAAGACUGUCUGAAUAAGGUUUGCAGGAAGUUGGGCAUCAUUGAAGCGGACUACUUUGGGCUGCAGUUCACGGGCAGCAAAGGAGAGAAUCUGUGGCUGAAUCUGAGGAAUCGCAUCUGCCAGCAGAUGGAUAAUGUGACACCCUGCCGGCUGAGGCUGCGGGUCAAGUUCUUUGUGGAGCCCCAUCUCAUUCUGCAGGAACAGACCAGACACCUCUUCUUCCUGCACGUGAAGGAGGACCUCCACAAUGGUCACCUACGAAUGGGCUCCGAACAAGCAGAGGAGCUGAGUGCCCUGCUGGCUCAGGCAGAGUUCGGGGACUACAACCAAAACACCGCCCAGUACUGGUAUUCUGAGCUGUGUGGAGAGGAGCCCAGUGUCGCCACCAUCAACAGCAUCAUUUCCAGACACAAAGCUUUAGAAGGCUCGAGCCAAGCUUCUGUGGAGUACCAGGCCCUCCAGCUGGUCUCUUCCAUGGAGCAUUAUGGGGUGGAGUGGCAUUGGGCUCGUGACGCCAACGGUCAGCGGAUGGCCAUCGGUGUGGGUCCUGAGGGGAUCGCUGUUUGCAAAGACGACUUCACUUUGGUCAACAGAAUAAGUUAUCCCAUCAUCCAAAUCGCCACACAGUCUGGGAAAAGUGUCUAUUUGACGGUUACCAAGGAUACCAGCGACAGCGUUGUGCUUUUGUUCAAGUUGAUAAGCAACCGCGCAGCCAGUGGACUGUACCGCGCCAUCACAGAGACCCACGCUUUUUACCGGUGUGACACAGUCACUAAUGCAGUGAUGAUGCAGUACAGCAGAGACUUCAAGGGCCACCUAGCUUCACUAUUCCUCAACGAGAACAUCAACGUGGGCAAAAAGUACGUCUUCGACAUCAGACGUACUGCCAAAGAGGUGUACGACCACGCUCGCCGCUCGCUCUACAACACCGGCAACAGAGACUUGGCUUCCCGCUCUAAGAGCAGCCAACACUCCCCUUCCUCAUGCUCUCCAACCAGAGACGACCAGCAGGACAAGGAUCUGGACUGCGGCAGCUGCCACAUGAGCCGAGCCCUGCAGGAACGCCUGCAGAAGCUCCGGGAGGCCCUCCUCUGCAUGCUGUGCUGCGAGGAGGAGAUCGACGCCGCUUUCUGCCCCUGCGGCCACAUGGUGUGCUGCCAAACCUGCGCCAACCAACUGCAGCUGUGUCCCGUUUGCCGGGCAGACGUGGAGCACGUCCAGCACGUCUACCUGCCCACGUGCACCAGCCUCCUUAACCUGACGCUGACGGACAACAGCCAGCUCCGCAGCAGCAACCCUGCACCCAUCCACCGGGACUCCAGCUCCCCCCACUCCUGCUCCCCCACAGAGUACGAACACAAGCUCUGCCACACAUGAGACGUCUCCAGUGAAGCCACCAACACUUUCCAAGCACCGCCAGCGUUUCAGUUUUUUAUUUUUUUGUCAAGAUGGAACAUUUCCUGGUUGAAGUGCACAGAAACGGAUGUCAAAACUCGAUCAAAGAUCACACUCCCAACGGCUCCCAGCUUUCGAGAUGUUUUUUUUGUUUUUAAUCCCUGUCAGCCUUUUUUCCUUUAAUACAUUUAUUUGCUUUGUUUAAAUACUAGAUUAUAAACUAAAUAGUGAAUCAGUUGAUCUGAUCAGAACUGUUUAGAGUUUGUAGGUAGUUGUUCUUUGGCUCAGAACCUAAAUAAUGUGACUUUUUUUUUAUCAUUUAACAGGAUUGAAGAUAUUUUUAAGAAUUCUGCUGUUUAUGUGUAAUUUUUUUAGUGUACAUUUGAAUAUUGCAGUUCUUUUAAGUUGAGAUUGAAUUUCCACACCAAUGAUGGAGGUUUUCCAGAGUUCUGCUUUAAUGCUUCGCUUUGGAGAAACGGUGGCGUCUCAGUCCAACAAGACCUGUUCUUGACACGUUCUCCGGGUCUCCAGAUUUGGCUUUGAUAAUUAGCUAAAGCCUGUAAACGGAUGCCGCUUAACCGACUGCCGCAGCGUCACAUUCCCCUCAUCCAAACCGAAGCGGAGAGCGCUGGCAUGCUCUCUGCAGACGCACCACAGCAGCUGUUUCCUCCAAAAACCUCCGCUGCAGGUCUCUUUGGUGUUCAGGAAUUCUCUUUGCUGUUUUAAGGGUACUAAGAGAUCUUUAAGUGCAAUACUUUGUGCAUUUUAUUUUUUGCCAAGCUUUUGUUGUCCGUUUUUUUUCUUUUAUUUAAACUGAAAGUAUAUAUUUAAACACGACACUGCCACUUUACUAAAGAAUUUUCCCACGUCUUUAGAGAUUUGCUUUAAUGUAGCAGCAACAUGUUUGUUAUGACAAACUUUCCUUCGAUGUUUCCUUUAUUGCUGACGCCGGCGAGCGCAGCGACUGCAGGAGAAGUUUUUAUUUUUCACAGCACAAGCAGUUUGUUUCUGUUUUCUGAAGCAAAAGUCUCCAUGCAACUUGUAGAAUGAAAGUCUUUUAUUUUUGAUUUUCUAUGCACUCUGCUUUUGAAACGAGUAUUAAUAAAGUUCUUUGGGGAAAAAAAG